AGAAACCCACGGGCCGGCCGGGGGACCACCGGCAGCGCUAAAAAUUGAACCUUGUCUGCCAUAGGUGUCGGACACGUGGUGCGCGCCGGUUGCGCAUGCGCGGCACACCGGCCACACAACGGCGGCGGCGGCGACGGCAGCGACCGGCCGGCACACUGGUGUGCUGCGGUGCGCGCGUGUGUUUUAUACAGUGUCCGCCGACCGUCGGACGUCUUACACGCGUUCGCAUACGAUAUCUGCCGGGCGCGUUCCCCUCCCCCGACGACGCGGGCGACGUACACAAUAAUAUUAUAAUAUUAUAUUAUUGUUGCUCCGUUUUUUUUUUUUUUUUUUUUUAUUAUUACUACGGACGCGAAUAGUUUUUUGUUUCAUCGAACGUAAUUUUUUUUUUUUUUUUUUAAAUUUUUUAACAUUCGUUUUUUACCGGCGAAAGUUCUACGCACACAGUAGUAGUAAUACCGCCAAGACAGCUAUUACUACUAAUACACUCGACUCUAUUGUACAUGCCAUAUUACUACUACUACAACUACAACUGCUACUACUUGCCAUAAUACACUACUAUACCGUAAUACCGUAAUAUACGUUUGCACCACUACGACAUUGUAUUAUAAUAAUCGCGGCAAAAGACGUGUACCGCCGUCGGUAGUUUAUCGAACGCGACGAGCGGCGUGUAAAAUAAUAUUAAUAAAUCAAGUCGUACGGCUGUUGUAAUCGUAUCGCAUAGUAUAGACGACCGCGACACCGGUGACGGGGAAUAAAAAAAUCGUCGCCGGUGGCGACGACGGCGGCGGCGGCGGCAGUGGCGUCCGUGGCGAUGUCGCGAUCACCGUCCGCGGCAGACGACCCGUUUACCACCCGGCACAUUCGCUGGACGAUUAGCUGGUACGCCAUCAUAUCGUACGCGACGAAACAACAAAAAUAUUAAAAAAAUAAAUAUAUUCACACGAUUCGUAUACAAACGUCAAACGUGCACUACCAGACGACGACGACGACGACGACGACGACGGUACAUUGCCGCAAAGACAAGUGCAAUUGCAACUGCGACUGCAGCGUUGCAGCAACCCAAAACAAAAAAAACGUGUUCACUGCACGUCGGCUGCAGUCUUCCCGUGUCGUCUCGUACCUUUAUAUGAUGCCGAUGCAAUUACCGCCGUGGACGCUAUCGGCCGACCGAUGAGUUGUUGUUGGCCGACAGUCGCGUGUGUAACGACGCCGCCGCCGACCUGAGCGUUUGUGGGAAGUAUGUGGAAGACACGUAACCGAUACAAUUGGUCGUGGUCUAUACGUAUUGUCGUUGUUGUAGCCGCCGCAGCCGUAACGCUCGCGAUGUCCGCCGCCGAACCACGCGAAUCCGCCGUCUCCUCUUCCCUGCGUUCUUCUUUUUCGUCGUCGCCGCCAUCGCGGCCGUCGUCGUCCUCGUCCUCGUCAUCUUCCUCCCCGUCCGCCUCGUUCUCCUCGUCGUCAUCGGCCGCCGCUACCAGUGCGGUAACCGUCGUCACGUCACAACUGGAAAGAGCGCCGUUCGACGGAACCGAACAACAGACCAACACUCCAGGUACAUCAGGUGGCAGACGACAGCAUUGUCCAUGGUGCAAACGAGCGUCUGGCGCACUCCCGUUACCACCGUCUUCGUCAUCGUCAGCCGCUUCUUCGUCGUCAUCAUCGUCAUCUUCGUCGUCAUCGUCGUCGGCGACUUCCGGUAUCAACCGGCACCACCACCGGCGGAAGCACCGUCCGCGCGGCCGGAGGCACUACGACAGCGCCACUAGGUCUAGCCUGGACAAACAGCGGAUAGAGGCGAUCAAAGAACAGAUACUGUCCAAGCUGGGCAUGACCGCUAAACCGAAUAUCACCAAGGCGCGGUCGACGAGGUUCCUGGUGGAGGCACUGGCCGUCGAACCGCUGUCCGGACUCACUGCCGCCGACCCGGAAGCGGCCGCCUCGUCCGGAAAUACGCUGCCGCCGAGUACACGGUUACCGACCACCAGAGACGCCGAUUCGGAGCCGGACGAUUUUUACGGCCGCACCAGGGAGAUCAUAGGAUUCGCGGAACCAGGAUCAACGUUAAACGGACAAACGUUGUUAGAAUUUCCGUGGUCACAGGAUAUGGGAAGCACUGAUUCUGUAAAAGUCAAGUCUGCGAAGCUGUGGUUUAGGUUAGAAUACAGGCCGGACGUUCCCCCGGCCGCGCGUAGGACCCAUCACAGUCACAAUGUAACUCUGUGGCUGUUUAAAAUAAACUUCCGUACGAAUCCAAUGCGGAAUACCACGUUCCUAAGUGGUAAGGAAUUCGACGAACACGCCACGCUGGCGUCAUCGCUGUCGCUGUCGCUGAACAACCUGGGCUGGAUAUCGGUGGACGUGACGAACACGGUGCGCGAGUGGUACGGGUCCAGCGGCAAGCACCGGUUGCGGUUCCACAUCGACUGUUCCGGGUGCGGCGGGCUGGUGUCGCCGGUGCUGUUCCACGACACCAGGCAGGCCAACGAGUGGGAGAACCCGUUCCUGAUGGUGUACACCGACCCGACGGUGGCGAGGCGCGUGCGCCGCCGGGCGCUGGACUGUUCGCUGGCGGUGCGCGGCCAGUGCUGCAAGCAGCGGUUCUACAUCAAGUUCCAGGACAUCGGCUGGGACUCGUGGAUAAUCGCGCCCGGCGGCUACUACGCAAACUACUGCCGCGGCGACUGUGGCGGCGUGCACAGGACACCGGACACGUACCUCAACUUCUACACGCAGGCCAUCGAGGACUACCGGAAGGCCAAACACUCGUCCAUAUUCCAGCCGUGCUGCGCUCCCGUCAAGUUCUCGUCCAUGUCGCUCAUCUACUUCACCGACGACGGUAACAUCAUCAAGCGGGACCUGCCCAAAAUGGUCAUCGACGAGUGCGGUUGUCCCUAAUUAUAACGCCGCCGCCGCCGGGACGACGACAGACGAGUGUGGUGACGGACUAGUAUGAUAUAACUAUAUAUUAUAUACUAUAUAGUAGACGCGCCCAAUUAUUAUUAUUAUUAUUAUUAUUAUCGACGACAUAUUAUUAUAUUAUUAUUAUUAUUACGUAUAUAUAUAUAUUAUAAUAUCAUAUAUUAUAUCGUCGAAAUAUUCUAAUCGCGCGCACUCAUCACGUGUUUAUUAUAAUUAUUAUUAUUAUUAUUAAUUAUACUUGAAAAUAUUGUAAUGCGAUUACGUCGCGUAUAUAUGUCACUUCGAUGUGACACGUAUAAACGUAUCAUUUAUAUUAUAAUAAUGUCCCUCGCUCGACGGUCUUUUUCUAUUACUCUUCUUCUUCUUCUUCUUAUUAUUAUUAUUAUUCGUCUUCUUCGUAUUCUUCGUAUUCUUCUUCUCAUUAUUAUUAUUAUUAUUAUUAUUGUUUACGCGUCUUUUUCGUCGCUUUCCCGGACGUCGCGUUAUCGUUUUCUUCUCGCUCCUCGCCCACCCACAAACCAUCGACCCUCGUGACCCUCCCCCGCUGUCACCAAGCCGUUUAAAGCGAUGCCUGUAAAACGCUCCGAGUGGGUUCCUAAGAAAAUCGUGAGACUUUUCUAUUCGUUAAUGCAAAACCUAAGUAUACAUCACAGAGAGGUGAACCGAAAUGCACCCUAAACAUUUGCUUAAUGAUUUUUUUAAACCGAAUGAUAUUUAUUAUUGAACAUUUAACAUACUAAUAUUCCUUUUUUUAUUGAUUCAAUCUCGUACAUUUGUGUUUAGUUGAUUCUUAAAAGUAAUUUUCUUCAAGAAAUCCAAAUCUAUUGUAAUUUGAUAUUUUUCCGAUUCUCCGACACUGUCGUAAAUUUUUUGAAUAGACAUUUUCUAUCGAUUUGAAUUUUUUCAAUAUAUCUAAAAAUGUGUUUAGUGCGUCCAAUGGGGGUUAAUGAAAUACAAUAAAUUAACGAUAUAAUUAUGGACGCAGAUACUCGAUUUUGAAAAUCGAACGCACUCGGACGACAACCAUUUUGUUUUAAUAUAUUAAUAUGACUGUUAUCUUAUAACAGUCAUCGCUGUCUCGGUAAUGUACGGUCUCUGGUCGACAACGAUCGAGUACACGAUAUAGAAACACACUUACACGCGAGCUUGUCGUCGGCUGAGUUUUCUAAAAUGCGAAAAAAAACCAAAUUUUAACGACUCCGUGGAGACUCGACCACGCCAUAGCGUGACAAUGUAUAAAAUAAUAUUUUCGCAAAAACGUUCGUCGUAAACGAUCGAGGCGCAGACGUGUGUGGCGGACCGGUGAAACCGAAAAAAAAACGUCAGCCAACUACGGUUCUUUCGAGUUUUUCGUCAAACAUUUCAUAUUCACUCACAGCGUUUUAUCUAUACGGAACGCUACGGCUUUACGAAGUUCCGUAUACCUGUACGGCGUGUAUUUCCGUGUGCAUUUAUAAUAUUAUAUGCACUUUUAAUACGUUAUACUAAACAAUGUUGCCGAUCUGCCGAUCGAGUAUAAUAUUAUCAUAUCAUAAACUGUUAUAAUAUUAUAAUAUGCGUCACGGUGUUAAACCCGUUCGAUUAUUUUUUUUGGGCACAACUUUUAUAACGAUAUAAUACAAAAUAUGCACGUCCCGUGGAUACGGUCUGAGAUAAAACAAUAAGCGAUAUCGCGUUACAGUUCCUUGACUUCGUAAUUAUUUUGUACUAUUACAUAAAAAUAUAAUUAUGAUAUAUAAUAUUGAUUAUAAUUUAUAUGCACACGUGUACUUUGGUCGUAAAUAGAGUUACAUUUAUUGAUAGGUAUUGCACUAUGGCACAGCUCUAUACAGGUAAUUUAUAUAAUAAUUACACAAUAUACUAAGUACAACGAACACGACUAACUAUAGUGAUUCGCGACAAAGUGGUCAGCGACAUUAUUACCAUAGUUUCCGCUGGUUUCUUCUCGGAUUUUCGCCAGUGAAUAAUAUUUUAAACUCGGUAGCGCUAUAAUAGUAAUAAUAAAUUGUAACUUUGGUACGUCUGUUGAAUUCGUAAUUACAGCAAUGACGACAAUCGUCGUAAUGACGACAGUUCUUUAGUGUUUUUCAUUCUCAUAAUUUUCAGAGCGCCCGAAGUAAGGAACUUCAUUCGAUUUCCGCAUCAAAAUGACGUAUGAAUAAUAAGCGAGUAUAGAUACUGAAAACAGGACGACCAUGCUGUUAAAAUGAUCGCAUUGAUAGCGAAAACCAUGUAAUAAUAUAAUGUAUGAGAAAAUCGUGUAAUAAUAUGUAUGAUUAUCGACCACGGAUGUAACGAAAAUACUCCACCGUCCGGCAAUUCCAAUGACUGAACGCAAAAAAGGGAGGAUCCGUCAUCGUUGGAUCGUUUUGAGUUCAUGCAACUUUAAUUUUGGUUUUUCUGAUAUUUAGGAUGUAGAGGUGUGAGGAGGCGGCAAGGAGUUUGAAGUUUAAACCCACAAAACCCCACCACUGAAAUUCGUAAUUUAAUGCACUAUCGCCACUUAACUAUUUAAUAUUAAACUAUAUUUACACAUAAUAAUAUAUGAAUCCAAUAUACCUAUCGCUGUUAGCUCGUAGCUAAUUUUAUAUUUCGUAUGCACAUACUUAAGCGCGUAUGUUUUAUUGCAUGAUGUGUGCAUACGUGUAUAUUGUAUACGAUCGCGUAUAACCUAAUUUUAUCCCGUAAAUAAAUAAAUAUUUUUAUCGUUGUAAUUGUGUAGAAAAGUGUUAUAAUAAUAUUUUUAUUCAAACGCUUCAGAAAUGAUAAUAAUAUUAUUAAUUAUGUAUAGUGAAAUUGAAAUAGUAGCAAUUCGUCUUGCAAAAAAUGUAUAAUUCAAUAAUAUAUUACAUAGACAUAUUAUGUAUAUCCACUCCACUAGCACAUUCCAUUUUAUUGUUGGUUUUAAAUUAAGGUUUAUGACGCGAAAAACUUAACUUACGAUACUUUAAUAUUCCAUAAUAUUAUAUACAUAGUUACAUAUUAAGUAAUGAUAGAUUAUAAUAUAGAUUCUAAAUUAUUAAUAACAAUAAAUUGUAACAAUAAUAAUUGUAAUUAUUAUUAUAUUAGAAAAAUGUUCUGUGAUCUCUUAUAAGACGUUUGUAUGUAAUAACUAAUAAUUGUUAUCGAACAGAAAUCGUUUAUUAUAAAUUAAACUCCCAAUCACCAAAGUGUUAUUAUGUGUACAGUGCACGCGCAUAGAAAAAUUUAUAAUGCAUUUCCUCCUCGGUUAUUCGUUAAAUUAAUUAUUUGAAUAAAAAAAUGAUUAGGGAUUUUUUUUUUUACGUUUUUGGAAAACCUAUCACCGCAUAUUAUAACCGAUCUCAGUUGAAUAAGGGAGGUCCCACGUCGUCGAAUUUAUUAAAAACUACGAUGGUGAAGUCAACUCCGAAAAAUAAGAUAGUGUAAAGGUUUCAAUUAAUCAACAAUCUUUUGCAGCGUUUUGACGUUUCAAUGGAUUAAUGUGCUUCACCGAAGUGAAAACCCGAGGCCUAAUCUCCCCCUGUUUUCUACCAGUAUUGUAUUAUAUUUUAAAGUGUAGUAAAAACGCUUACUGAUUAAACAGACUAUACGGUAAUAUUUCAUUUUUAGCAAAAACCGACAAAUGCGUUUCAUCAGCCACUGGCAGCUCUUUAACCAACUUUACUCCAUGAUACCUAUGUGAAAAAAACUAAUUUUGGAGUUUCACUUUUAAAUGUGUUCUUCUAAAUUAUACCAUAGAAGUUGCGAGUCUUAAUUAUGAUUUAUUAUAUUAAUACCAAAUAAUCUGUUCCAUUGGCCCCAACUUUAAAGAUAUUAUUAAUAUUAUUUUGUGAACCCCCCUCAAAAAAAAAAAAAAUCAAUAAAAAAUCUAUCAAUAGCGUUUAAGAAAAACUAUUUGAAUUAAAUUGAUAUAAACAAUUAUAAUCAUACGUAUCGAAAUAAAUAAUAUAAUGAAAUCAAAAUUUAGAUGACAUUUUUUUACCUAAUAGUAAUAUUGAAUGCAAAGACCAACAGAUCAUAUACCUAUGGACAAAAUAAUAUCUAAUGAAGUAGAUAAUAUCCGAUUUUAGGAAAAAUUUCGUUUGAUAAACGUGAUACUCAAUCUACAUAUUUUUUUUCAAAUAGGUAUCUAAUAUGUUAACGUAUUUGUUUUGAAAAUUACCUAUACCGUCAGACUGAAUUAGUAAGAAUCAGUACGAAAUACCGACCGUGACGCUAUAAGUUUAUUUGACAUUGUAGUAUCAUACUAUCGUUAAAUAUAUUAUGUACGGACAUCAUCGUAAUAAUGAAUUAAUAUUAAUUACCCGCAUUAAUAGAAAUGUCCCCGUGACCUUUACGCGCAGCUCGCAUUUUAUGUCAUUUAGAUUAAUUUGAAAUGUCUUAGACGAGUAUGUUCAGAGACUGAUUCCGAACAGUAAAAUAAUGUUAGGAACGUUGUUUUGUUUAUUAUCAUUCUUUUUUUCUAUCUAUCGAAUGGACUAAUAAUAAUAUGAUUGAUAAAUAAAAUGAAUAGAAACAUUAGACAAUUUUUAAAAAGAUCUUAAAUUAAUUAUUUAAAAAAUAUUAUGUAAAAUUAAAUAAUAAUAACUAAAAAAAUAUUGAGAAAUAACUUUUCAUUUCCCUUUAUGUAUUUAUUUAUUUGUUUAUUAUUUUUAUUAUUAUUAUUAUUUUUUUUUUUGUACAAUAAAUAUAUUUAUAAUAAACGAUAUUUCUAUAUACAUUUAUGUAUUACUAUAGCCUGAUGUAUUGUGUACAUUUUGUUUUCUAAAAAUUAUUUUGCCCACAUUGUGAUACUACAAGCUUUGGUUACUUGUAUUUCUUAUAACUACUAUUUUUUAACUACUAUAUAAUAUAAUAUAUAUAUUAUAUAGAAUACUAAAAUAUUAUAUUUGCACGACGUAUAAAAAAUAAUGAUACAAUUUUAGUUUUUAGUUUUUUAGUGUUGUUACCUUGCUAUAAUACGUGCUUUUAUAAAUAUUGUAGAAUUUAUAUUGUUGUAUGAUAAAUAAUUACUGAUCUUAUUAUUAUGUAUAGGGAAAAUAAGAAAAAAAAACAUUUGUUAGCAAUAAAUUUGAAACACGAUUA